AUGGCCACCAAUCCAACGACAACCACAAACCAAAUCAUGCAGAAAAGCUCAACCGAGCAGAUCGAUCAUGUCAAAUCCAUCGAUCCGGCCGAAAAGCCACAGUUCACUGUCGAGAUGGAUAGAUUCGGUGCAGUAACUAAGACGAACCCAGAGGAGAUCGCGUUGGUGAAGAAGAUUGACCGAUACAUGCUUCCAGUUCUAUGGCUGAUGUACUUCUUCAAUUUCCUGGACAGAAACGCAAUCGUCAAUGGAAAAAUCAACCAUCUGGAUAAGGAUCUUGGUAUGAAAGGCACCGAAUACAACACCUGUGUGAGCAUCUUCUUCGUCGGCUACCUCGUCGGCCAAGUUCCCUCCAAUAUGAUCCUCACCCGUGUCAAGCCUGCUUGGUACAUGGCUGGAUGGAUGAUGGCGUGGGCAAUCGUCAGCACACUUAUGGCCAUUGUGAAGGAUUACCACGGCAUGCUAGCUGCCAGGUUUGUUUUGGGUGUAGUCGAGGCCCCAUUCUACCCCGGCGGACUGUAUAUGAUCAGCAUGUUCUAUACCCGCAAGGAAACCGCAUCUAGGUUGUCAAUCUUCUAUACUGGAAACCUGCUUGCAAGCGCGUUUUCCGGCCUCAUUGCUGCUGGCAUCUUCGAAGGCCUGGAUGGUAGAAAUGGAUGGGAGGGUUGGCGAUGGUUGUUCCUCAUCCAAGGUCUCGUUACAGUGCUCGUUGCUGUUACUGCUUUCUUCCUUCUCCCGAACGCGCCACUCACAACUAAAUGGCUCACUCCCGCUCAGAGGCAGCUGGCGCAUGAUAGAAUCGUCUUUGACACUACCGGAAAGCAGGAGCAGGUAAAUGUGUGGAAAGGUCUCCGAGAAGCUUGCGUCGAUUAUCGUACAUGGGUCUUUGCUCUUAUGCAGAAUCUCCAUCUUUCCGCAAACGGUUUUAAAAACUUCCUUCCAACCGCUGUUCAAACUUUGGGUUUUGGUAGGACAGUAACACUGGUGUUGACAUGCCCACCAUACCUUUUGGCUGGUAUCAUCUCCGUCCUCGUAUCUUGGUCAUCUGGGAAGCUCAACGAACGUACCUGGCACAUAACCCUUUCCAAACUGGUUGCUAUUGUUGGUUUCAUGGUCGGAACCUUGACCCUGAAUGUUGGUGCCCGCUACUUCGCAAUGGUGCUGUUUGUUGGCGCAACAUAUGGCGUCAACAACAUCAACUUGGCUUGGGCGGCCGCUGUUCUGGGCCAAACAAAUGAGAAAAAGGCCGUCGUUUUGGCAAUCGCAAACACACUUGGAAACCUAUCCUUCGUCUACACUCCAUACCUCUGGCCGGAUUCUUCCAAACCGCGGUAUUCUAUGGCCAUGUGGGCAUCAGUCGGGUUCUCAGGCGGCGUUAUCGCGUGCGCGUGGGUGUUGAGAUUUAUCAUGCAAAGGGAUAAUAAGAAGCUGAGGGCACUUGACAGCGAGACGAUCAACUUCUACGUCUACUAA